UAUGUUUAAAUGUUCUGAGUGGAGUUUUGAUUUCCUGCUGUCAGGUUAGAUUAGCCACUCCUCCGAUACGGAUGCUGGGUAAAAAUGAAAGCUAACAGCUAGUGGUUAGUUUGAAUCCAUUCUGUUAAAUAUGGCUGGGGACUUUCGGGGUUUAGCGCUGGAAAAAGCCGAGCUUCUCUCCAGUCGUUUAAGGGAGCUGGUGUCGUCCGGACAAGGCUUCGUUCGGGCCCAGUUCGGAGUGGAUUUGGGUCUGAAACCAGAGCUUUACCCGAGCUGGCUCAUCCUGUCCACAGCUGCUGUGGGUCUGUUGCUGCUGCUGGGGGCUUCCUGGGCCGCCGUCUGCUGCGGCGGAGGAGGAGGGCUGCUGGUCAGCAAGAAGCGAGCCUACCAGGUCAGCCAAGGCGGCGAGGAGACGAAGACAACCAGCCUGAACAAUAAAAGUGUCAAACCGGAGGAGCAGAAGAAGAGGAACAAAAAGAAAACCGGUGACAAGAAGACUCAACCCAAUGGACAGCCAUUGGUUGCUGCUCAACAGGAAGUUAAAGAGACUGAGACUUUGUCCAAACCAGCCCCACCAUUAAAAGCUGAGAAGGUGCAUGAGGUGCAGGCUCCGGCGCAGUUGAAAAAAAACAGGAAGAAGCCCAAGAGUGAUGCAAAACCAGUUCAGCUUUUGUCCACAAGUGAUGGGAAAGAACCUGAUGAUGGUGUAUGGGAGACUAAAGUCAGCAAUCGAGAGAAGAGGCAACAGCGAAGGAAGGACAAAGGUUCAGAGGGUUCUGGGAGUCCAGGAAGUGUUGAAGCUUCCAAGCCUCAUGUGGAAACCCCCACAGCCCCAAUAACCAACAAGAAGAAAAGAGGAAACAAUGAGAACCAGCAUUCAAGACCAAGCGCAAAGGGAGACCCAUCCAGUGGUAAAGGCAAAGCUGAGACAUUUAGCUCGUCUUCCACAUGGAAAGGGGAGCCCACCGUCAAUGGUGGAGCCUGGGCCGACGGCUCAUUGAAGGUCACUGGUCAGAGUGGAUCUGCUGAAGAAGCGAAGUGGAGCUCCAUAUCUGCAUCGGUACGAUACCGGCCCCAGACUGACCCCAAGCCCUGGGCUCAGGAGCCUCCAGCUUGGAGCAGCACGGAUGGCAAAAUGAAGACGAUGCCCUUUUCUGUGCUGCAGCUGAACUCCACAGAUCCAGCCUCAAAUUCAGCUAAGAUGCACUGGGUAAACCAAAGCAGUGUUGAUGAUCAGUGGUCAGGAUUCAAGGGUGCAGCUGUAGACUCUGCCUCUGACUGGAAUGCCCCAGCAGAGCACUGGGGAAACUAUGAAGAGCCUCCUAUACUGGUGGCAGCAGAAACCCUGCAGAAGGAUCAACCCAAGAUAUCUGAAGAUGAAAAGGACAUUGAUAAUCCCUCAGAGGGGGCAGCUAAAGCUAAGAAGAAGAGGAACAAGAAGAAGAAAACAGAAGAAGAGCCUGUGCCUGAUGCUCAGACUCCAAGUGCAGUAACCAAAGCCCCAGAGCGUCCUGCACUGCCUCUGAAUUCGCAGAACACCAGCAUAUCAUCCUCUCAGAAGAAGUCUGAGCAGACCAUCGAACCUCAGAAACCCUCCCAGAAGAAAAGGGUCCGAAAAGAAACCUGAAGGAACAACACAAGUCUGGACCAACCUUAUGCAAAUGAUUAAAUGUUUCACAGGCAAUAAUUACCAGGUACAUUUUUUUUUUUGUUUUGUCUUAGACAGGUACCAUUUAGAUGACGGCAAAGAACAAAUAUAUGUUGUACAGCAGUGAAAGGUGGUCCUAUGGACUGUUAAUUGCAACCAAUUUUGCACUAUUUGCUAAACUGCAGCCAGAGGAAGAGUAUCAGGUGGGCUUUUAGUAAUACUACAUGUUAAUUGGUGUUUUUUGUUCCUCCUUUGUUUUUAAAUCCAAAACGAGUUUGUGAAAUUGUCAACACAGGUUUAACUUAAGGUUUAAUUUAACUUUCUUGUCUUGCAAAAUCAGAGUUGGGUUGAGGAAAUGAUGCACUUUGUUUUACUUUGAUCUCCUGCCUCCUCACUGGGAUGUACUUUUGCUAAAGGUAGAGAAGGAUUUAAUUUGGCUCUAACAAACAGCAAACCUGACAUGCAAAACUUCCAUCAUACCCUGAAUAGGCUGAAAGAGAAACCUUAGAUCAGCUCUGUUGCUCAAAACUUUCAAUGGUCUUUAAAAGAACUUUAUUUUUAAAUUGAAAACUCUUUAAAACAUUAAACAUAUUUUUCUGGUUAUUUCACAGAUAAAGUUAGAAGUUAACAGAGAGUCAUCAUUGGUAUGGAUAUUAUAUAUUUUUAAACCUUUAAUGAUUUGUUUUUUUUAUUGGUCCAGGUGAACUAAUUUUAUAAAAUGCAGCUUUAAUUAUCUAAAAUUAAGACUUUAAGAUUUUACUUUUCCUUGAAAAUUAUACUCAAAUUCUCAUAUAUGCCCCUUAUGAUAUUUGAAUAUGGGUCUCCAAGCAAACAGGAGGAAAGCUGCUUUUUUAACCUAUUAACCCUUGUAAUUCUGACAGGAUAUGUGAUAGAAAUAUGGUUGAUUCCUUAUAAUUUGCUAAGUUCCCUUUAUAACAUAACCUUCUCAGCAUAGUCUGACAUUUUCAAUUGGGAUUUUCAGAAAACUGUUGCACUUUUUGAUCUAUUCAGUGUUCAGUUUGAAAGGAUUUUAGGAGAUCAAUGAUUAUAAUGGAUCAAAUCAUUCCUGUUUUAUCAACCGCACGGUGUUCUGCUUUCAAUUCUCAAGAAGUUGACCUGAGUUGAAAGAGUUUUUUUUAUCUGUAUUUUACCAUCCAAUUUUUACAGCACACUAGUAAAAUCUGCAAUCAAACACAUCUCUUUCUAAGGCUGCCACUAGCUGGCAAUUUGGUGUCUCACCUAUUUAAAUGAACUUAAUACAAAUAUUUUUAUUAUUUUGGCCAAACAGAUCUGCUUUUUUUCUUUUUUUUUAAACCAUAAACCUUUUCUUUACUUUAAAAUGUCAGCCUAGUUUAAAAAUGUUAAAGUUGUUGCAGAAGCUUCAUUCUUUUUCACAACUUUCUCAGCCAUUGAUAAUGUAAAGCCAUGCAUUUUCAACCCCUACUAGUAUGCAAUGGGUUAAAAUCUUGGUGGUUUUGGAUAAGCCGAACUUUUCUAGUAAGUGUUCUUACAGGAUAAAAAUCACAAACGUGAAUCAAAAUGUAUUUUGGAAAGAAUAAGCAAGGAUUUAAAGUCUAUUUUGUGCCAGGAAAAAGGAAAACAACCAGUUUAAAUAUUAGUGGAGUGCUAUCCACAGGAGAUAAAUGUUUGUAGAUUCAACCAUGUACUCCUAUGUCUUUUAUGGUAUGAAAACUCCACCAUGCAGAAGAAAUGGGUUAAAUGCAUCGAUAAAAUUAGAUAAUUAGUAAAACAUUUAUGCCAACGAUGACUGAAUACAUGCUUUUAACUGAAAUGAAAACAAAUUUUAAGGUAUACUCUGAGGAAAAGGGAGAUCAUCUGUGAGAAAGCUUCAUUAUAAAUACUUUCUUUAUGAUAUAGUUUGCUGCAAAGGGUGUGAAAUUCCAGUGGAUUCAUUCAUAGUUCGUGCUUGAUUGUUUUUUUUUUUAUAUACCUAAACCCAUUCGUUUAAAUCAAAGUUAUCUUACUAUUUCUUAUUUUGUUGAAAAUCGUGUAGGAUGGCGUAAAUUAAACUAAAUUAAAUCAUUCCAUUGAUUCUCUUUUAGAAAGAAAGGAUAAUUAUUUAAACAAUCUGCUGUUAUGUCAUAUGGAUAUUCUAUAAAGAUACGUUUGAUUUCUUUAGGACAUUCUUUAAAACGUUUAUGUGUACAGACAGUCUUACUUUGCAUUUUCAAAUGAGUUUGGUCUUGUUAUAGUAAAGAAAAUUCAUACUUUCCCAGUUAUUUUUUCCACCCCACAGUUCGGGUGCGGCACAUGUUGGGGUUUAGCUUGAACAAAAUAAGUACAAAUUUGGUUUAAGCUCCCCUGUGAUCGCAGUAACUGGUAGAAGCCACCAGGAGGCACUGUAAUUGAAGCCUAAUGGGGUCAAGUGAUGAAAGUGUGAUUUAUCUAAAUGCUGUCUUUUUACUUCCAAGUUGUGGCGAUGAUUAAGUCUGUCCUUUUUUUCUAAGUAACUUGUAUGCUUUUUAAAAAAACUAAUUAUUCUGCUCUCUAAAUGACUUUUUACAAAUGUUUCGUUCUAGUCUUAAACUAAAAAAGCCACGCCAUAUAUAUACAUGUAUAUAUAGAUUGUAAGGGCUUUUUUCUAGGUUGUGAUUACACUGUGAAAGAGACUGUAUAGAAAUUCCUUUUAUUGUAAAUUGAUUGUUUUUAAUCCUUUUCUUUUUAAUGUGAAACACAUUUUCUCCUAUCAGGAAAUAAUUGUGAAGAGAAGCAACAAAAAAAUAAAUUAAAAAGUUUCUUUCAAAUUGUAACAUUGAGCAGUUUGAACUUUUUAAUUCAAGAUGAACUGAGAAAUGUAUGCACUCAUUUACACAAUUGUACAUUUGCAUUAAAAAGGAAUUUAUAUCUUCUGCCUUAAUCUGCUGUAUAGAAAGUCAAUGGGAGUCCUUUUUAUGGUUUCCAUCCAUUUGCAAGUUUUGAUGUCAGAAUAUUUUUUUUUAUUUUUGUAUUUUACUUGACUGUGGUAAUGGUAGUUGCGGAUAAAGAUACAUGAAGGACCAGUCUUUUGUGCUUUAUUUUUUUUUCUAGGGUACAUUUUUCUAUAAAUAACAUGACAUAUUUUUUUUUCUUACUUGCAAACUCUAUACUUUCUAUGGGCAUCCAUUUUAUCUGGCUUCUGAAGGACUCAAAACAUUAAAAUGUUUAUUGGCUGUUGGUCAUUAAUGUUUAUAGAUCUGAACUGAUGUUACACUGUGGCUUUGGGUGACCCUUUGUUCAGUUUUUACAGAUGAUUUUAAUGUAUUUAUACAGUUGUGUGUAGAAGAUCUUUUUGUGAAUGAUUUUUAAGAACAUUAUGAUGAUUUGUUUGCUUGAGAAGGAAUUAAACAAAUGCUUCUAAUCACUUUGUGGAUUUUAUUGUGCCCGAUGCCACAAAUAAACAUUUCAUAAGGUAAAGCAGG